AUAGCCAAAAGAUUUCUCACGACUUUUUUAAAUUAAAAACAGUUGGUCACACAACAUAUUAUUUCGAUGAAAAUAGAAUCCGACGACUUUUUAUCUUUUGGCCAAACUAUACUUCCUUGUAUCCAUUGGUUUGACUUUAUACAUAAAGACAAAGCAACCAUUCUUCUUCUCUUUCUGUCAUGCCUCAUGCCUCUCAUUAACACCAACCCUUAUUCUCAAUUCUUCACCUUCUUCUCUCUCUGUUCUCAUCUCUUUCUCUUUAAUCCGGUUCAAGCAGCUGAAGAAGAACGAUCAAGAAUCAAGACUCUGUUCUGUUCUGGACUCUGAUGGGUUCUUGCUUCAGUUCUCCAGUCAAGGCCGAUAACUUUUCCUACAAUGAUAAGAGUAGCUAUCUAUCCGGUCUAAGCAUGUGGAGCCGGACAUCGUCAUCCGUGAGGGCUGGGGCUCGGAAGACAGAAGAGGAGAUACUCGAGUUGACGUCCGUCAAGAGCUUCACCUUCAACGAGCUCAAACUCGCAACCAGAAAUUUCAGACCGGACAGUGUGGUCGGAGAAGGUGGGUUCGGUUCUGUCUUUAAAGGUUGGUUGGAUGAAACCAGUCUCACUCCGACUAAACCGGGGACCGGUUUAGUCAUUGCCGUUAAAAAGCUUAACCAAGAAGGUCUUCAAGGCCACCACGAAUGGCUGACAGAAAUCAAUUACUUGGGAGAAUUGAGUCACCCAAAUCUAGUGAAACUGGUUGGUUAUUGCUUGGAGGAUGAACACCAUCUUCUUGUAUAUGAGUUUAUGCAAAAUGGAAGUCUUGAGAAUCACCUAUUCAGAAGAGGUUCACAUUUUAAGCCACUAACAUGGUCUCUACGGGUCAAGGUUGCACUUGAUGCAGCAAAGGGGCUUGCAUUCCUCCACAGCGACCCUGUCAAAGUGAUAUACCGAGACUUUAAAGCCUCCAACAUUUUGCUUGACGCGGACUACAAUGGGAAACUUUCUGACUUUGGGCUAGCUAGAGAUGGUCCAAUGGGUGAUCUAAGCUAUGUUAGUACAAGGGUCAUGGGUACAUAUGGUUACGCUGCUCCCGAAUAUAUGUCAUCAGGUCACUUAAACGCAAGGAGCGAUGUGUACAGUUUCGGAGUUGUGCUUCUAGAGAUUUUGACGGGUAAAGAAGCUUUGGACUACAACAGGCCGGCUGAAGAAGAAGACCUUGUGGAAUGGGCUAGACCUUACCUCACAAGCAAACGCAAGGUUCUCCGAAUCGUGGACCCUCGGCUAGACACACAGUACUUACCCGAAGAGGCGGUGAGAAUGGCCAGCAUUGCGGUGCUGUGUAUCUCGUUCGAACCCAAGUCGCGUCCGACCAUGGACCAAGUGGUCCGUGCCUUGCAACAACUUCAGGACAACUUGGGGAAACCGACUCAGACCGAUCCGGUUAAGGAUGGCAAGAAACAUAAAACCAGAGCUAAGUUACCAGAAGUAUAGGUUAUUUUUUCUUUCUUAUUGUGUUUGUAACUAUUAUUGAUUUUUUUUUUUUGUUAAUACGUUUGAAUUUGAUGUAGAGAUUUUCCUCAAUACAAUUUUUUAAAAGUCGUA